AUGGCCAACAACUUUAGCACCACCCUCUUCCCUCUCUCGGCUUCAAACGCAGUUCAAAAAAGCGAAGCUUUAACGGUGAAAGGAAUGAGCCAACUUGGGUUGAGCCAAAGGGUCAAGAGUCUCAGAAAAAUCUCAUUGGCCGCGAAAAGAAGACCAGCGAUGUUUCAUGGCACUGAAAAAGGGAAGGGCAAAGAGGUUCUGAGGGCCCACUUUUCGGAUCUGUCACCAACUUCUCUAGAUGUUGAUGGUGGCGACACUGAGAGCAUCUUACGAAAGAGUCAGAUAGUGAGAGAAAAACUGGAAAAUGCAGUUUGCAACACUCGCACUGAGGAGAAUAAUAAGAAAGCCAAGGAAAUGCUGCAAGCCAAACUUCUCUUAGCAUUCGCUUCUGAAAGUGAUGCUGCUGUCGGUGAAACUUCCUCAACACCCCAAAGGGGAAGUUUUUUGAACCAUUUUGCUUAUCCCUUUCCGAACCGUAGCAGUGCCCAUUUUUCGCAGGCAGACACAGAGGUUGACAAAAGCAUCACCCUUUGUGCAACUCCAUUGAGGGUUUGUUUGCCCGGCGAAAGCGUUUAUGGGGGGCAGAAGACGAGAAACGGCAGCGUGGGUGAAGCGGUUGAGGAUGUUUGUUGUAGCAGGGGCGAUGCGAGCGAAUACGACGGUCGGAUGCACAGCAAUCCGUACAAGAAGAACGGGCCGUACACGUGUCCGAAGUGCGGGUGCGUGUUCGAGACGUCGCAGCGGUUUGCGGCGCACGUGAGUUCGAGGCACUACAGGUACGAGACGAAGAGUGAGAGGAAGAAGAGAAUGAUGGCGAAAAUCCGAAGGAGGAGUGUGCGUCUUGAAUGGGAAAACGGUGCACUGAGUGUUGUUGGUGACGAUGGUUGUAGAAGAAAUAGCAGUGUCUUUGCUCCUGCUGAAGUGAAGAUUGAAACUGAGAGUGUUGUGAGGCUUCAGCUUGCUCCUCCUCCUGGAUGGCCAAAAAUAACUGAAGCUGUCAGAAUAAAAUUGGAGCCAUUAGACAAUUGAAUCAAAUGCUU